AUGGUGAAGAAGAAUAGAGGAGGUUUCAUCAGCUGUGAGAUAUUCCAGGAGCCAGAAUCAGCUGCACCUGGAGGGAUGGAGGGCUCACUGAUGGGGACUCAACAGAAGAUGGAGAGGAAGCAGAAGCCACAGGAAAUGGAAGUUUCAGAGCUUCUGAAGGCUAUAGAGGAAAUGAAUAAAGCCACAAAAAGCUGCUUUUCCCUGGAUAUGUACUGGGAGGCACAGCUGGCCAGGCACAAGACUGAGCUGGAGGAGAAGGACCAGAAGAUCAGAGAAUUAGAAGAACGCAUUGAUGGCACAUCACUGGGUGUUGAGGGUAAAGAUCAGAGCUGUCUGAGGAUUGUGCUUGUGGGGAAGACAGGAAAUGGGAAAAGUGCCACAGGAAACACCAUACUACAGAGUGAGAAGUUCCUGUCUGAGUCCAGUUCAACAUCAGUGACUACCUGCUGUCAGAAAAGAGUAGGGGAAGUAGCUGGCAGGCGUGUUUCUGUAGUUGACACACCGGGUCUCUUUGACACAUCAAUGUCUAAUGAGGAGGUCCAGGAGGAAAUAGCCAAAUGCAUCUCCUAUUUGGCCCCAGGACCUCAUGUGUUUCUCCUGGUGCUACAGAUUGGGAGAAUCACAAAGGAGGAGAAGGACACAUUGCAGCUCAUUAAGAGUACCUUUGGUAAAAUGGCUGAAAUGUUCACCAUGGUUCUGUUCACAAGAGGGGAUGAUAUUAAUAAACCAAUUGAAAGUUUCAUUGAAAACGGUGAUGCUACAAUCCAGAAUCUGAUUAAAGGCUGUGGAGACAGGUUUCAUGUCUUCAAUAAUAAAGACAAGAGCAACAUCACCCAAGUGUCUGAGCUGCUGCAUAAGAUAGACAUGAUGGUGCAGAAGAACGGAGGAGGCUGCUACACCAAUGAGAUGUUCCAGGAGGCAGAAAUGACCAUAAAGAAAGAAUGUGAGAGAAUACUGAGAGAGAGAGAGGGAGAGAUGCAGAGAGAGAGAGAGGAGCUGCAGGCAAAACAUGAAGAGGAGAUGAAAGAGAUGAAGGGAAGGAUGGAAGAGCAGAGACUUAAAGAAGAGGGAGAAAGAGCCCAUCGGGAAAAAGAGCUGAAAGAAAAAGAAGAAAAUUUAAGGAAAGAGCGUGAGGAGUGGCAGAAAAAAGAAGAGGAAGAAAAAGAAAAAACAGCUGAGGAAGAGAAAAAGAGGAAGGAAAUACAAGAAAUAGAGUGGAAGAAAAAAAUAGAUGAGAUAGAGGGAGAGAAAAGCAGAAUGAAUGAGGAGUGGAAAAGAAAGGAAGAGGAAGAGAAGAAGAAGGAGAGAGAGAGACGAGAUAAAGAGGAUGAGCAGAGAAGAGAGGAGGAGAGAGAAAGGCUGGCAGAGCUGCAGGAGGAAUUUGAGAGGGAGCGAGAAGAAGAGAGACAGAAGAGAAAGAAGAAGGAUCAGCAUUUCAUUGCAGCCAUCAGGUGCGCGGCAUUCUUCUCCAGGGGUGAUGUGCCAUACCACCAGUGGAUGGACCAAGUCCUCGACCUGUUUAAGAAGAUAGAAAUGAUGAACUGGGACAACGGAGGAAGCUGCUACACUUCUCAGAUGUUCCUGGAGGCAGAAAAGGCAAUGAUGUGA